GCCAGCCGGUGUGAUCGUGGCACUGGCGGAGUGGAGCAGCGAGAGCCGCAUGUAAAUGAACACCUCCACCUUCGUGUUGCUGUCACCUGAGGAUCCACCCGGGACAAAUUGACUGUCCCGUCCUCCCCUUGUCGGCGAGCUGACCUUUAAGGUUUUGUGCGCAGAUAAAGAGGUUAAACUGCACUACUUUGGAGCAAACGCUGGCCGCUAAUCGCUGCUGUUCGGCGCCGCCGUUUCUCGCUGCAACACGAAGCGUGUCCCUCUGCUGCCCCCUGCUGACCAUGAGGAGUGUGUGCGCCGUUGUCCUGGCUCUCGCCGCUGCCGCCCUCAGCUCAGCAGACUCUGACAUGCACCGACCGAGGCAUGACUCGAACCUGGAGAUCUAUAAGCGGCUGUUUGAGACCAAGAGGAAGGAUCAACUGAACGCGCUCAAGAAUCUAGUUGAGCUGAACGACAUCAACCAGCAGUACAAAAUCAUAGACAUCAUGCUCAAAGGCCUCUUCAAGGUGCUGGAGGACUCGAGACAAAUCCUAGUUGCGGCCAACAUGCACCCUGACGACCCAUUCCCCAUGGACGAUAAGAUCAAAGAAGCUUAUUCCCAUGUGGUGGAGAAUACAGCAUUCUUUGGUGACGUGGCGUUGCGUUUUCCACGUAUUGUGCACCACUACUACGACCGGAACGCUGACUGGGGAGGUCUACUGCGCUGGGGGCUGAAUUUCUGUAACCAGACAGGGGUAUUCACCGGAGGAGCCCACCAACACGUCCUCACACUUAUGUCACAGGAGCUGGGAAUAACAGAGAAAUCCCCAGACUUUAUGAACCCUUACCGCACAGAGAGAGACGAUGUGCUUCACACCGCUGAGGCUUUCCAGAAGAUCCUGAGGGAGGAAGAGAAGAGAAGGAGGAAGGAGGAGAAGAGGAAAGAAAUCAGGAAAGGCCCUCGCAUCUCCCGCUCUCGUAACGAGCUAUAGCGACACACCUCAGUGCAAGCGGAGAGCAGAGAAGAGGAGAGAAGAAGAGA